CUCGCGUCCCCGCUGCUCGCAGGAGCGCUUUUGCUGCAGCGCUCUCGGCGCCGUUGGUUGGCUGGCUCUUUGGCUGGCUGGCUGGCUAGUGCUGGGGUCGCCUUCUUCAUCCUCCUCCUCCUCUUCUCCAUCCUUUGCCAGCCGCCGGCUCGUGUGGGAGCCAAGAAGACCGACCCAGGAGGAGGAGAAGGGCUGGGCGGCAGGGCCGAGGAGGUGGUCUCCUCUUCCUCCUCCUCCUCUCCUUCUCCACGAUUUCUUCCUCUUCUUCUUCCUCAUCCCCACGCUCCUCCUCCUCUCCGCCAAAAGCCUGGAUGAAGCCCCAGCGUUGAAGGAGGCAGGAGAGAGAGAGAGACAGAGAAAUCAAAGGGGAAAGAGGGGGACCAACAAGGAAAGAGGGGAUGCUGCCCCCACGACGACCCCCGUUUGGGUGCUGCGAACCUCAAAUCCAAGAUCAUUGGAUAUCCUGGAAUAAGGAAAUUGAAGUCUAAAACACCCAGAGGGAGAAAUGUUGACCACUGUUUUAAGACAGUUUCUAAAGACCUGAGUGCUCACCCUGCUGUUCACUGAAGCAUGAGCAUUGGACAUGGCCACCCGCCGCUGCACUCGCAAGCCUUUGCUGGCACCUGGAAUCUCUAGAAUGGUUUGGAAGCAUCUCAUCCUCUUCUUCCUUUGGCUGCCACCGCUUGUUUUGGGUGGAGCCUCCCCAACCUCUUGCCCAGCCGCUUGUUCCUGCAGCAAUCAAGCCAGCCGGGUCAUCUGUACGCGCCGGGAACUGGUGGAAGUGCCGGAGAGCAUUUCUAUCAACACACGGUACCUCAACUUGCAGGAGAACAAUAUCCAGGUCAUCAAGACAGACACUUUCAAGCACCUUCGUCAUCUUGAGAUUUUGCAGCUCAGCAAGAACCUUAUCCGUAAGAUUGAGGUUGGCGCCUUCAAUGGCUUGCCCAAUCUCAACACACUGGAGCUCUUUGACAACCGGCUGACCACUGUCCCCACACAGGCCUUUGAGUACCUCUCCAAGUUGCGGGAGCUGUGGCUGAGGAAUAACCCAAUUGAAAGCAUCCCUUCCUAUGCCUUCAACAGAGUCCCUUCCUUGCGCCGCCUGGAUCUUGGAGAGCUUAAGAAGCUGGAGUACAUUUCAGAGGCAGCCUUUGAAGGCUUGGUCAACCUGCGCUACCUGAACCUGGGCAUGUGCAACCUUAAGGACAUCCCAAAUUUGACGGCCUUAGUACGGCUGGAGGAGCUGGAGCUGUCUGGGAAUCGCUUGGACAUGAUCCGGCCAGGCUCUUUCCAAGGACUAACCAGCCUUCGCAAAUUAUGGUUGAUGCAUGCCCAGGUAGCCACCAUUGAACGCAAUGCCUUCGAUGACCUCAAGUCUUUGGAGGAGCUCAACCUCUCCCACAAUAAUUUGAUGUCUUUGCCACAUGAUCUCUUCACCCCUUUGCACCGCCUGGAGCGUGUCCACCUCAACCAUAAUCCUUGGCAUUGCAACUGUGAUGUGCUGUGGCUCAGUUGGUGGCUCAAGGAGACAGUGCCCAACAACACCACCUGCUGCGCCCGGUGCCAUGCCCCGCCAAACCUCAAAGGGCGGUAUAUUGGAGAGUUGGAUCAAAGCCAUUUCACUUGCUAUGCCCCAGUUAUUGUGGAGCCUCCCACUGACCUUAAUGUGACUGAGGGGAUGGCGGCUGAGCUGAAAUGCAGGACAGGGACCUCCAUGACAUCAGUCAAUUGGCUGACGCCAAAUGGAACGCUGAUGACUCACGGUUCCUAUCGGGUCCGCAUCUCUGUCCUCCAUGAUGGCACACUCAACUUCACCAAUGUUACUGUCCAGGACACAGGCCAAUACACCUGCAUGGUGACCAAUUCAGCUGGCAACACUACCGCUUCAGCUACCCUCAAUGUCUCAGCUGUGGAUCCAGCCACCACAGGGUACACAUACUUUACCACAGUGACUGUAGAAACCAUGGAUUCAAGUCCAGAAGAAUCUGUUCCUACCAAGAAAGAGCCUGGGCCAACCCCAUCGCAAGGUUGGGGCAUGACCUACUCGACCACCUCGCUAACCCCACGCAGUACCCGUAGCACCGAGAAACCAUUCACCAUCCCAAUCACCGACGUAACUGAGAGCGGCAUGAAAGACUUGGACGACGUCAUGAAAACCACCAAGAUCAUCAUUGGCUGCUUUGUGGCCAUCACCUUCAUGGCCGCUGUGAUGCUGAUUGUUUUCUACAAGCUCCGGAAACAGCACCAGCUACACAAGCACCAUGGGCCCACGCGGACCAUUGAGAUCAUCAAUGUGGAGGAUGAGCUGCCUGCCGCAGCUGGGGGCCCCGGCGAUAGCCACUUGGCCCUUCCUGCCAUCGAGCACGACCACCUCAAUCACUAUGCUGCUUUCAAGGCCCACUACAACAACAACAGUGGUGGUGGGCCACUCACCUGUGGCUCCAAGAACCCCAUGCUCAAUUCCAUCCAUGAACCUCUCUUGUUCAAGAGCAGCUCGAAAGAGAAUGUCCAAGAGACACAGAUAUGACGACCAACAGACCCAGGCAACGGGGAAUACUUACAUGGUGGGAGGGUGGCGGUGAAUCCGUCCAUGCAGUGGCGGAAAUGUUGAGGAACAGCUCCUCCUUCCCCACCCACAUCCCCACACACAAAAACAGAUCUUUCCACCACCAUGGCAGAUCUUGGAUGCUAAGCCCCUAGCAGACACCUUUGGUUUUCACCGACUUAGCCUUUUACGUUCUCUUCAUUUCCUUUUGCAGAAGAAGGUACUACUUUGGCCCUCUGCCUGACCUUCCCCCCUUCUUUUUUUUUCUUUCUUUCUUCCACUCCCUUUUCUUUUUCUUAUUUUUCUACUGUUCUACCUUUACAUUGGAGACUUUUUUUUAUACAGAUGGGGCUGUUUCUGUAUCCAACUACCUGCUAUAUUACUUUUAAAAAAAGAAAGAAAAGAAACAAAACGAGAACCACAAGACAAGAAAGAAGGAGCACUCUGAUACGUUUUCCUUUUGACGUCAUGGGAAUAAACUAUAGGAAGAAUUUUCAAAAAAAAAGAAAAGAAACCCAAGCGAAAUGGGAGAGGAGGGGGAGAAAAAAAAUCUUAUUUUGAGCCGCUUUCCGUCAAAAUUCUAUUUUCAUCCAAAUGGGAUAUACAAAAUAAAUAAAUGAAAUAAAGAGACGGAAGGUCAUGGUGGUGCCCGGGUUCCUCCCCCUCGGACUACGUGGGGAUGCCAAGCGCACAGGGUUUGGGGGAAUUUUUUAUGACUAGUAUUAUUACUAUGGGAUGGCAGGCAUGGCCAGUGUGGCCCCCAGAGACACAGGGGUGUGGAGGUAUUUUUUAAUUUGUAAUAAUCUGAGGGUGGGAAUGCGGGAUUUGGUGGGGACUCCACUUCCGGCCACAAAAAAAGGGGGGCCUGUUGAUUCCCUUGGCAUUUUGGGGUCUGGUCUGAGUUUCCUAUUUUAAUAAAAUCCAUAAAGAUGUU